AUGGUAGAAAGGGGAUUAUUGGUUUUGGAUUCAGAGAGAAGCUUUGAAGGAGUGGAAAACUACUGUGAGUUCAAUCAUAGGGAGGGACAUGAGAUUCAAGAAUGUACAGAAUUCAGAGCCUUGGUUCAAGGCACGAUGGAUGAUAAGGAAAUAGAGUUUUACGAAGAAGUUAAGGAGGAAGGGAGUAUCUGCACAUCCCAAUCCACGAAGGUUCCAAGAGUAGCGCAGCCGGUGGUCAUCAUUUCGCGACCAAAGAAUAAUGAUGUGAGAAUGCUAGUAACACCAAGGAUCAUAAUAAAGAAACCUGCAACCUUUUCUUACCAGGAUAGUAGGAGGGUUCCGUGGAACUACGAGUGCAAUACAACUAUCCCUGGAAAGGAGACUGCAAAGGACCAUGGUGUGAGUGUCGAUCCAGAACCUGUGAAAGGAAAGGCUAUAGCAAUGGAACAAAAAAGGAAAGUAGCUAAGGCUGUGCUAUCUAUCAAUGAGCCAUUGCAUAAACAACCGGCUCGCACAUCCGUACUAGCCUUGCUCUUGAAUUCUGAAGUACACCGUAAUGCGUUGAUAAAGGUGUUGAACGAAACCUAUGUAGCCAAUGAUAUUUUUGUCAAGAAAUUGGAUCGGUUGGUCAAUAAUAUCAAUGCUGAUAAGUUCAUAUUCUUCAACAAUGAUGAGAUACCACCUGGAGGCAUGGGAUCUACUAAAGCUUUGCAUAUCACUACACGAUGCAAGGGGUAUACUUUGCCAGUAGUAUUGAUUGACAAUGGAUCAACUUUGAAUGUGUUGCCAUUAUCCACACUUAACAGACUUCCCAUAGAUAUCUCGCACAUGAAAACAUGCCAAAAUAUAGUGAGGGCAUUUGAUGGUACAGAAAGGAAGGUCAUGGGACGAAUUGAGAUACCCCUAUUGAUCGACCCAACAGUUUACGAGGUGGAUUUUCUUGUGAUGGAUAUCAAACCCUCCUACAAUUGCUUACUAGGGAGACCAUGGAUACAUUCAGCGGGGGUCGUACCUUCAUCGUUACAUCAGAAAUUAAAGUUGGUGUCAGAAGGCCGGUUGGUGACGAUAAACGCUGAAGAGGAUAUUAUAGCGGCCGUAUCCAAUGAGGCGCCGUAUGUGGAAACCAAUGACAAGGAAGUGGAAUGCUCCUUUCGAUCUCUGGAAUUUGUAAAUGGAACAUUUAUUCCUGAAGGGAGUAAAAUUUUGGUGCCUAAAAUAUCCAAAACUACAGAGAUAGGUUUGCAAUUGUUGUUGGGGAAAGGAGCUUUACCCAGAAGAUGA